AUGUACGCAGACAUCAGCAAACCUCCGGCACCGCUGCCGCAAGCGCGGCCACAGCAGCUUCGUCAAGGCAUCACCCUGCUGCCACCACUCUCACGGCGAGGCCAUGGACCCGGCCUCAUAAUUCUGCAGCAAGACUCCUCCAAGCACCUGGAGAUCAUUGAUGGCGUUCCAUCGGCACUUGCAAAAUGGGCCGAGGAAGGUUAUGUGGUGGUCAGUAUUCAAGCGCAGGCAAUCUCCCAUGGCGGCGAUGUUGCAGAAGUCAUGAGAUACGCUUUGGAGGCGAUGCAGAGUUGCGACAAGUUGGAAUCGCAGAGUCGUUUUGGAAUCAUUGCAUACGAUUCAACGCUGUGGAAUGAGGUUGCGGAUGCUUUGAGCAACUUUCCCAGCAUCGUCGGCGGUGUCGUGUACGCCAAUUCGUCAGAUGAAGAAGAUCUGAUAAAGGCUGAAAUUCCUGUACAGCGUCAUGUGGCAGGGCAGCCUACAUCUGUAACGGGCAAGGCGGCUGGUGUCACAACUUACAGAUAUGCGAAAGCGAAGUCCUUUCGCUUUGCAACACCAUUCCAAGAUGACUUCGACUAUUGGGCAGAGUCGCUGUCGCAUACGAGGAACUUGAAGUUUCUCAAGCCACUCAUGAACGGCCCAUAUUUCGACCUGGAAAGUAUCUGGGACGAACACACAUACUACGAGUUUGCGGAUCGCUCGGUUGAGCAUACGAUGAGUACCAUGGUUGAUCAACCUUAUGUGAAUCAUGUGCCUACUUUGACUGGCGGGAUUGGACGCGCGCCCUUGACUCAGUUCUACCGGAACAACUUCAUCUUCAGCAACUCGGAUGAUACGGAACUGGAACUCAUUAGCCGAACAAUUGGUAUCGACCGCAUUGUUGACGAAUUCAUCUACAAGUUCACGCAUAACAAAAUCGUGGAUUGGCUCGUCCCCGGAAUUCCACCCACAUUCAAGUAUGUGGAGGUCCCAUUCACAGCCGUGGUAAAUAUCCGCGGGGACCGGCUCUAUCAUGAACAUAUUUCAUGGGAUCAAGGAACUGUUCUCGUGCAGAUGGACCUGAUGCCUGAAUACCUUCCCUUUCCUCAUGCUGUCGAGGGCCAACCGCCUGGCACGGCCUUGGAGUACAGAGUGCCUGUGACGGGAGCUGAAACUGCCGCGAAGAUGAGGGAUCGGAAUUCGGUAGCUUCAAAUAGCAUGUUCAGCUACCAGGUACGCAAAAGAUAG